ACUAACAGUAUUUUUUAUCGCAAACAUAAUAUACCUUGAUAUACAUAUCAUUUUUUUAUCAUUUUGUGUUGGACAUUCAUAGUAGGUAGUGUCACAAUGGAUAAAGUUAUUUACCUGUUUUUGGCUUUUGCGUUUGCAGGCAUCAACGCAGUGCCAGUUGACAGGCCCUCAGGGCGGAUUAGCAACGGCGUGGUCGCAGGAAAUGCAGUGGCCUUCCCAUAUGCGGUUUCCAUCCAAUUGGCUACUGCCGCCAAUUUGUUAUUGGACACCCGAGGUCAUAUGUGUGGGGGCGUCCUGAUCACACUGCAACAUGUCUUAACAGCUGGAAGUUGUACUUAUACUUGGGGUACUGGAAACACUAUGAUCCCCAUAGUGGCCAAUCAGUAUCGAGUAUUUGCCGGCGCGUCCAUGUUAACCAAUGACACCACAAACCACGUCAGAGCCGUCGUCAAUUACACCUUGCAUCCGGAGCAUCUGCCAGUGCCUGCGCAUCUCAAUGACAUAGCUGUUAUGACCCUCAUCAGUCCAUUCGGUGCGUCGUUUGUUACCCCGUUGUCACUGCCAUCUAACGACUUUUACCCUUCAGACGAGACUCGGUGUACUGUUGCUGGGUGGGGAGCGCCAAGUUACUCCGCGACUCAAAUGUCAAGCCAGUUGCGGUAUAUGACGAAAUACAUCUACAAUCAAGACCUAUGUAGAAGUCUGUACAAUUCUGCUGCAGGCAUUACCAACCUGUUGAGUUCUAUGGUGUGUGCAGCGUCAUACGACAUCAUAUCAUCUGGUUGUUACGGAGACGAAGGCAACGCUUUAGUAUGUGGUAAUACGCUGACUGGAAUAUCCUUCUUGAACGGUGACUGCCAAGUCACUUCUUAUCCUGAGUUGUACACCAGGGUGUCAAACUACACCACUUGGAUCAGAAGCGUUACAGGUUCAGCAUCCGUCAUCAAACCUGGACUUUUUGCUUUGGCUUUGUUCACAAUUGUUCAUGCAGCUGUCCAAAAAGUUUUUGCAUAAAAAAUAAGUUGCAAAGUAUUGCAUAUUUUAUAGUAGUAUAAAAAAUGCAAUUCUUUAUAGUAAUUUGAUUUGUUUGUACGAAUAUGUGUAAGAAUAUGUUUUACAUAUCAUAUACAUAUAGGUAUGUGAACAAGUAAAUUAAAAGUAUUUUUAUGCUAAUUAAAAUACUUUUAAUUUAGAGGUUUUUUUAACAUUUUAAUGAUAUUUUUUGUUUCAAUAAUUGUUGAUCGUGUUAUUUUUGCUAUAUCAUACAAGAAACAUUCUACCUAUUAUGACACUUCUCAUUAGGAUUUUCAUUAAGCGGCUGAAUGUCACGUAUAAUUAUUUACAAAGAUGCGAAGGAAUAAUUAUUAUAGUGACUGAUAUUUUGUUCGAUCGUGAUACAUCUUUGAGUGUGUCUAUAUGUUAUCUAGUUUAGGUCAUACAUAAGUGACAAAAUUACUGCACGCAAUGUUGAAAUAACGACGUCUUUAAUUUACUUAAUAAAAAUAAUAAUCACGAAACUAUCAAAAACAGACUCAGAUUUUUUAAUAUAGUUAAAAUUUUUGUUAAGUACAAACAUAGACGCCUAUAAGUAAACACGAUGAUAAUUUAGAUUUUAUUUGUAAGGUUUAUUUCAUUUGUUGAAAUAAAAUCUCUUACAUACAUUGUACAUACAUAAGAGUAUAUUUAGCCUGUCUUAAAAUUAAAUGUAUUUUCUACAA